AUGGAGUGCAGAGACCGAAGUCCUGUUGCCGAGCAAGAACUUCACUUGUCAUCGCCAAAAUCUUACUAUGCCGCAACACCCAGACACAUAAUCGAAGGACAAGCUGCUGAUGGUCACAACUGGGUACAAGAGCCUGAUCUUCCGCAGCCAGCAGAUGUCGAUUAUACGUACAGCGCCUCAUCACCUACUCGGGAGCCAAAGUCCCCCGUUUUCAACACCGGAAACCCAGAAUCCUCACCUUCGGACGAAGGUAUCCCCCAGCCCCAACACCAUCGGCAGCUCCAAUCCAAGCCCAUCAUCCUCUCCAAAGCUUCCACCAAACUGGCCGAGCUCUUUAAAAGGUACGCACCUCUCAAAAUCACCAAGUCAGAUGCCAAAAAUGGUAUUGGAUACAAGUAUAAGAUCGAGCUGGCCCCAGAGACAAAGGCUCGGAAUUUAGACCCACAAGGUCUCAAGUUCUUGUCAUUUCACAGAAUUAAUACCGCCAAGUAUAAGCAACCGCUCUUUAUGCGAAACUACAACGGUCUACGAGAUAAGGUUGAGCUGCCACGUAUUUGGAUGCGAUCGCCUGUGUUCGUUUGGUUGUUGAGGCCAACUUGCUCCCUGAGGGGUCGUGUCAAUGAGCAAUUCUUGCACAACAAAGAGCAUGGCGAAAUGAAAGACACGAUUUGGAAUCUCGUCGUGAGGAAGGCCCGAGAGUUGAAGGAUAAGAAGCUUCGCAUUGAGCGUUUACUUCUCAAAUUCUACCCCGUCAAAAUGAUCCAUCGCGAAGGCUUGGAGAGCAUUCCCCCGGUCAGUGAUGCCGGUCUCUCCUUCUACCGUACCAUCGGCCAAGGCGAUACCACCUACCUCCGAUCCGACACCCUGGACAAGUUCCACCAUAAUUUCAGCAUGAGUCCCAAGGGUCGUCAGAUUCUUGCUGUAGCCGUCGAGCAGAUCAAGAAAGAAGCCAGGCCCAUUGUUUCUGAGUUUCUCCGCGACCCUUCUCAACUGAUCCGGCUCCCCACCGAUCCUGAGCUCGACUAUCUCACCUGCAUCGAGCUUCUUGACGAGGCGUUGCCUUGGUAUCUUAAGCCCGAGCUAGAGCCAUAUUUCGAUCAAAACGAUGGUGAUUAUGGAAUGGAUGGGAUGGUCAACGCAGUUGACAAUUAG